GUCAGCUCGGCGAGACGGAGCAAAAUGGCCGCCGGGUGUGUGAGGGGCUACGUGCUGGAAGCCGCUUCGUCCGCAUUUCCCGGUUUCUAACAGCGCCUGCGGCAAAGCCGGCCCUUCCCGCCCGAACCGUCCUUGGCCGGCUGUGAGACGGCAUUGGAACCACAGCUCUCUGUGAAGAUGUCAGUUCUGAUAUCACAGAGUGUGAUAAAUUAUGUAGAAGAAGAAAACAUUCCUGCUCUGAAAGCUCUUCUGGAAAAAUGCAAAGAUGUGGAUGAGAGAAAUGAGUGCGGCCAGACCCCGCUCAUGAUAGCCGCGGAGCAGGGCAGCCUGGAGAUAGUGAAAGAGCUGAUUAAGAAUGGAGCUAACUGCAACCUGGAAGACUUGGAUAACUGGACUGCACUCAUAUCAGCCUCCAAGGAAGGGCACGUGCACGUGGUGGAAGAGCUGCUCAGGUGUGGGGCCGACGUGGAGCACCGAGACAUGGGAGGAUGGACAGCUCUCAUGUGGGCGUGUUACAAAGGCCGCACCGAGGUGGUGGAGCUGCUCCUUUCCCACGGCGCCAACCCCAGCGUCACCGGUCUGCAGUACAGCGUCUACCCCAUCAUCUGGGCGGCAGGGAGAGGCCACGCGGACAUAGUGCACCUGCUGCUGCAGAACGGCGCGAAGGUCAACUGCUCCGACAAGUACGGGACCACCCCUCUGGUGUGGGCUGCUCGGAAGGGCCACCUGGAGUGUGUCCGGCAUUUGCUGGCCUCGGGGGCUGACGUGGACCAAGAAGGCGCAAACUCCAUGACGGCACUCAUCGUGGCCGUGAAAGGGGGCUACACGCAGUCGGUGAAGGAGAUUCUGAAGAGGAGCCCCAACGUGAACCUGACGGACAAGGACGGGAACACGGCCCUGAUGAUCGCGUCCAAGGAGGGGCACACGGAGAUCGUGCAGGACCUGCUUGACGCUGGGACCUACGUGAACAUGCCUGACAGGAGCGGGGACACCGUGCUGAUCGGGGCCGUCAGAGGCGGGCACGUGGAAAUCGUGCGAGCGCUUCUCCAGAAAUACGCCGACAUAGACAUCCGGGGGCAGGACAAUAAGACGGCCCUGUACUGGGCGGUGGAGAAAGGAAACGCGACCAUGGUGAGGGACAUCCUGCAGUGCAGCCCGGACACGGAGAUCUGCACCAAGGACGGCGAGACCCCGCUGAUAAAGGCCACCAAGAUGAGGAACAUCGAAGUGGUGGAGCUGCUGCUGGACAAAGGCGCUAAGGUGUCUGCCGUGGACAAGAAAGGGGACACGCCUUUGCACAUCGCCAUCCGCGGGAGGAGCCGGAAGCUGGCCGAGCUCCUGCUGCGGAACCCCAAAGAUGGGAGGCUGCUCUACAGGCCCAACAAGGCGGGCGAGACGCCCUACAACAUCGACUGCAGCCACCAGAAGAGCAUUCUCACUCAGAUAUUUGGAGCCAGACACCUGUCUCCCACGGAGACGGAUGGGGACAUGCUGGGCUACGACCUGUACAGCAGCGCCCUGGCGGACAUCCUCAGCGAGCCCACCAUGCAGCCGCCCAUCUGCGUGGGGCUCUACGCCCAGUGGGGGAGCGGCAAGUCCUUCCUCCUCAAGAAGCUGGAGGACGAAAUGAAGACUUUCGCGGGGCAGCAGAUCGAGCCCCUCUUCCAGUUCUCCUGGCUGAUCGUGUUCCUGACGCUGGCGCUCUGUGGCGGCCUCGGGCUGCUGCUCGCCUUCUCGGUGGACCCCAGCCUCGGCGCGGCCGUGUCCCUCAGCGUCCUGGCCCUCCUGUACAUGCUGUUCAUCGUCAUUUAUUUCGGCGGCCGAAGGGAAGGCGAGAGCUGGAACUGGGCCUGGGUGCUCAGCACCACGCUGGCCAGACACAUCGGCUACCUGGAGCUGCUCCUGAAGCUGAUGUUCGUGAACCCGCCCGAGCUGCCGGAGCAGACCACCAAGGCGCUGCCCGUGCGGUUCCUGUUCACAGACUACAACCGGCUGUCCAGCGUGGGUGGGGAGACGUCCAUGGCCGAGAUGAUCGCCACCCUCUCGGACGCCUGCGAGCGGGAGUUCGGCUUUCUGGCCACCAGGCUCUUCCGAGUAUUCAAGACGGAGGACACGCAGGGUAAGAAGAGAUGGAAGAAAACGUGCUGUCUCCCGUCUUUCGUCAUCUUCCUGUUCGUCCUCGGCUGCAUCGUUGCCGGGGUCACCCUUCUGGCCAUCUUCCGGGUCGACCCGAAGCAUCUGACAGUGAAUGCUGUGCUCAUAUCCAUCGCGUCCGUGGUGGGGUUGGCCUUCGUGCUGAACUGCCGAACCUGGUGGCAGGUGCUGGACUCCCUCCUGAACUCCCAGAGGAAACGCCUGCACAGCGCCGCCUCCAAGCUGCACAAGCUGAAAAGCGAGGGGUUCAUGAAAGUCCUGAAGUGCGAGGUGGAGCUGAUGGCCAGGAUGGCAAAGACCAUCGACAGCUUCACGCAGAACCAGACGCGGCUGGUGGUCAUCAUCGACGGGCUGGACGCCUGCGAGCAGGACCGAGUGCUCCAGAUGCUGGACACUGUCCGGGUCCUGUUCUCGAAGGGCCCCUUCAUCGCCAUCUUCGCGAGCGACCCGCACAUCAUCAUCAAGGCCAUCAACCAGAACCUCAGCAGCGUGCUGCGCGACUCCAACAUCAACGGGCACGACUACAUGCGCAACAUCGUGCACCUGCCCGUCUUCCUCAACAGCCGCGGGCUGAGCAGCGCCCGGCGGCACCUCGUCGCUGCGGCCACCAACGGGGACCUCCCGUGCUCGGACGCCAUGGGGGCCCAGGAGGACGCGGACCGGCGAGUCUCGCAGAUCAGCCUCGGGGAGCUGACGAAGCUGGGCAGCAAGACGGCGCUCAACCGGCGGGACACCUACCGCCGGCGGCAGAUGCAGCGCACCGUCACCCGGCAGAUGUCCUUUGACCUGACCAAGCUGCUGGUGACGGAGGACUGGUUCAGCGACAUCAGCCCGCAGACCAUGAGGAGGCUGCUCAACAUCGUCUCUGUGACAGGGCGGUUACUGCGAGCCAAUCAGAUCAGCUUCAACUGGGACAGGCUUGCGAGCUGGAUCAACCUGACCGAGCAGUGGCCGUACCGCACCUCGUGGCUCAUCCUGUACUUGGAAGAGACUGAAGGUGUCCCAGAUCAGAUGACCUUAAAAGCCAUCUAUGAAAGAAUAUCAAAGAACAUCCCGACGACGAAAGAUGUCGAGCCCCUGCUGGAAAUAGACGGAGACACACGGAGCUUUGAAGUGUUUUUGUCCUCGAGAACCCCAGUCCUCGUGGCUCGAGACGUGAAGACCUUCCUGCCGUGCACUGUGAACCUCGACCCCAAGCUACGGGAAAUCAUCGCAGAUGUCCGUGCUGCGAGGGACCAGAUGAACAUCGGAGGGCUCGCCUACCCCCCGCUGCCUUUGCACGAGGCGCCCCCCAGGCCCCCGUCGGGCUACAGCCAGGCUCCGUCCGUCUGCUCCUCCUCCACGUCCUUCAAUGGGCCGUUCGCAGGCGGGGUGCUGUCGCCGCAGCCUCACAGCAGCUACUACAGCGGCAUGACGGGGCCUCAGCACCCCUUCUACAACAGGCCGUUCUUUGCCCCACACCUUUACUCGCCACGGUACUGCCCUGGCGGCCCCCACCACCUCAUCUCACGUCCGUCUGUAAAAUCGUGUCUGCCCAGAGAGCAGAGCAGUGGCCUAGAGGCUAUCCAGGAGGACGCUGCGGAGGGGCUGCCCUCGCCCACAGCCUCCUCGAGGCCGUGUGACUCGGGGCUUAACAAGCAGAGACAGGGGCCGGGCCCCGCCCCAGGAGCAGCGCUGCUGAGCGCCAUGACGGUGGACGCCGUGUGCGAGAAGCUGAAGCAGAUAGAGGGGCUGGAGCCCAGCCUGCUGCCGCAGUAUUGCGCCACCAUCAGGAAGGCAAACAUAAACGGCCGUGUGUUAGCUCAGUGUAACAUUGAUGAACUGAAGAAAGAAAUGAAUAUGAAUUUUGGAGACUGGCAUCUUUUCAGAAGCGCAGUGCUAGAGAUGAGAAGUGCAGAGAGCCAGCUGGUGCCCGAGGACCCGCGGCUGCUCAACGAGAACAACAGCGGCCCCGCCCCCCCGGGCGACCCCGCCCGGCGGGCCCCACCCGGCGAGCUGCCGCACGGCGAGCUGGCCGCGCAGACGCCCUACACGCUCAACUUCAGCUUCGAGGAGCUGAACACGCUCGGCCUGGACGAGGGCGCCCCGCGCCACAGCAACCUCAGCUGGCAGUCACAGACACGCAGGACCCCGAGCCUCUCGAGCCUCAACUCCCAGGACUCCAGCACCGAGAUCGCCAAGCUCACGGACAAGGUGCAGGCCGAGUACCGGGACGCGUACCGGGAGUACAUCGCGCAGAUGUCGCAGCUGGAAGGGGGCCCGGGCUCCGCCGCGGUCAGCGGCCGGUCCUCCCCACACAGCGCCUAUUACCUGGGUCAGAGUGCGUCGGGGGGCUCCAUCCACUCGAGUCUGGACUCGGAGAAAGGGAAGGACGGCGAGCCAAAGCCGGAUGACGGGAGGAAGCCGUUCCUGCUGAAGAGGGGCGACGUCAUGGACUACUCCUCGUCGGGGGUCUCCACCAAUGACGCCUCGCCCCUGGACCCCAUCACGGAGGAAGACGAGAAGUCCGACCAGUCGGGCAGCAAGCUCCUCCCGGGCAAGAGGUCCUCGGAGAGGUCGAGCCUCUUCCAGACGGACCUGAAGCUCAAGGGCGGGGGCCUGCGCUACCAGAAGCUCCCGAGCGACGAGGACGAGUCGGGGCCGGAGGAGUCCGACAACACCCCGCUGCUCCGGGACGGCAAGGACCGGAGGGCGGAGGGCAAGGCCGAGCGCGGGGCCAGGUCCCCGGAGCCCAGCGCCGAGCCGCUCAGAACCUUCAUCAAGGCGAAGGAGUACCUGGCGGACGCCCUCCUGGACAAGAAGGACUCCUCCGACUCGGGGGUGAGGUCCAGCGAGAGCUCGCCCAACCACUCGGAAGCGGCCGACGACCCGCAGCUGGAGAAGGCCAACCUCAUCGAGCUGGAGGAGGACGGCCGCGGCGCGGCCCGGGGGGUGCCGCACAGCCUCAGCGGCCUGCCGGACCCCCUGGUGGCCCGCAUGUCCAUCUGCUCCGAGGACAAGAAGAGCCCGUCCGAGUGCAGCCUGACGGCCAGCAGCCCCGAGGAGAGCUGGCCCGCCUGCCACAAGGGCUACAACCUGAACCGCACGCCCAGCACCGUGACCCUGAACAACAACAGCGCGCCGGCCGGCCGGGCGCACCAGCACUUCGAUGACCGGGACGGGACCCGGGAGCCGCCCCCGGUUACCCCGAGGCCCGCCUCCAGCUCCGGCCCCGCGGCCGUUCAGAACGAGAACCUGAAGAGCACGGCGCACAAGCGGGCCCAGCGUGCCAGCUACACGCGGCUCUCGAAGGACUCCUCCGAGCUGCUCGCCGUGGCCGCCGCUGAGAGCACGGGCUUCGGGGAGGAGAGGGAGAGCAUCCUGUGAGGCACACGCGCCGGGCCGGGCCGCGCUGGUGGUGGUGGUGUCAGUGUCAGCGUGCCCCUGACUCGCCGGCCCUCCGGGCGCGUCUCCCCCGCGUGUCCCUCCCACACGCGUGGCCGGCGAGGAGGCCUGUGGUGGCAGGGGCAUGCAGUGCGCCACAGGGGACGGUGCCGGGAAGGCCGGGCCGUCCGCCUCCACCGUCUUUGCCAUCGGAGGGUUUAAAACCCACCGCUGUCACCCUGUCCACCGGAACACACCCCGUAAACGUCUGUGAGACAAGACCUGAGCGCAGAGCCAGGUCAGCUACGUUGUGGCAGGCGGAGGGUUUGACCGGCGGACAGCAGCAGCUGGCGGCCCGGUGUGUGGAGCGCUCUCUCCUCAGAUGUUUGGGGGGGGAGGGGCGUGCUGCGGGGGGGGGCGCUGACGCCAAUUCUGCUCGUGAGGCCCUGACAGGCUGUGGGGUAGCCGGAGCCUGAAGCAAAUAAAGCAGAUCGAGAGCCAGGGUUCCCCUAUGUAAACGGUCACACGGCCCAUCACAGGGUUUCAAGUUUUAAGAACAAAGUGUGGGAUGAACAGGGCGUUCAAGAUUGAUAAGCUGGUGGGUCGGAAUGGCCCCGACCCCGGUGCUGCCCCCGAGUGCCAGACCCGGCCCAGGUGCCCGGGAGCCCGCCCUGGCCACGCUGGGUCCCUUCAAACCGCGUGCCCGCGGUUUCUCGGUGGCCCGGCAGGGAGAGGGGAGAACUGCACGCCCGCCGCUGGAGGGUCCGGGGGCACGUGGCAGCACGGGCCGAGUGCACGUCUGUGGAACGGGGGCACGGGCAGGUGGCGGCGUCCGAAAGGCCGGUGCCCAGUCGGGUGGACCGAGACCUUGACCAGUCUCAGCCACUCCUGAAUUGGCGUGUGAGUUCUUUCCGGGGAGGGGGGUCGUUUCUCUAGGGUUAAAAACCAGAACAAAGCAAGGGUAAGGGUGGAGGGAUCCCAGCUAGGGUUCCCUCCCUGCACCCUGCAGUCACGCACUGCGGGGGGGGGUGCUGUUUUAACGUAGCCGAUUGGUGUGGAAUUCAUUCUGGCAGCGUAUCAGUCAGACUUUAGAUGGUGAGACUGUAGAUGCUGAUUAUCUGAAUUUAGUGUUGCGUUUGUGAUGCUUUUCACUUCGUGGAUUUUUAUUUAUGUGCUGAAUAAACUAUUUCCUUGACCAGACAUUGCACUAGAUAGCUGCUCCUGGGGGCCUGGUUGCUGUGGGGUUGGAGCGGGACCUACCAUUCUCAUGAGGUGUCUCUGUGGCAUGCCCUUAGCAACCGUCUCAGCCAGUUACAGGAAGGCAGACGUUGUUGACAUUAAUACAUUGGAAUGGUGACAUUUUAGUACUCACGGUGUUCAUUAAUUUGCAGUGUUGUAUAAUUAGUAAUUUGGGGGCAAUAUUGUGUCUUUUCGGGUGGGUGGAAGCAGCUUAAUGUCAUUGUAGUGCGUUUAUGCUGUUUGUGAAGUUAACACUAUAAUAUUAAGUGUGCAAAUCGAUUUAGAAAUAAAUAAAAAAUUGCAUGCAA